GAGAGAGAGAGAGAGAGAGAGAGAAAGAUCAGGAGUUCAAAUUCUGUUUAAUGCUUGUUGCUGCACUGUUCACCAGGUGGUAGUAAUGUCUUAACAAUCGCUGGACGAUUUGCAAGUUGACGUCAAUGUAGUUGGCAUAGAGAGAACUCAUUCGAUAAGGAAUUGAAAUAACUUGAAGGAAAAAUGGCUAAACACUGUGCUACGAGAUGAGUUUGUGAAGUCAUCCAAAACAAGCUGAUUCUGGUGAUAAAAACUGCAGCUGAGUCCCGAAACAUCGCAUCCAGGAAUAUUAGAAGAAAAAUACACACAGCGACACAAUCACACACCUGCAGUAAAAUACUAUAUUGUGAUAAACGUAUUAAAAAAAGGAUAUUCAAAUUCUGAUUCGUACGUGUGGAGGUGGCGCAAUAUUUCCUUCCUCGUCAAGCUUCAAUACAGCGCACCUAACUGCACAAUGCAAGAAAAUAGCGUAACGGCGGUUCCGGUGUCGGCGGUGACGGCAUCCGGAUUGGGCACAAUCGGCACCAGUGCCGGAAGCACCGGUGCUGGCGUGGUCGGAAACACAGUGAACAGUGGCAGCAACAGCAAUGGCAGUACCGGCAGUACGAGCAACAACGGUGCUGGCAGUGGGCCAAUCACGGCCUCCACAGGCUCCGGCAGUUCGACCAUCUCACCACACGGCCUCAGCGACAUCGAUCAGGCACAAUUCGAGGCUGACAAGCGGGCGGUCUACAAACAUCCUCUGUUUUCCCUGCUGGCAUUGCUGUUAGAAAAAUGUGAACAAGCCACCCAGGGCUACAUUCCUUCCUCGUCUUCCGCGUCUAGUCCAAACGGGUCAUCCAACAAUGGCACCAGUGAUGGAGAUAGUUUCUCCCGCGAUAUUCAGGCCUUCGUACAACUGCUGGAGAAAGAAAAGCGUCCCCUGUUAACGAACAAUAGUGAGCUGGAUGGACUAAUGAUCAAGGCACUGCAAGUGUUACGAAUACACCUGCUCGAACUGGAGAAGGUACAGGAGCUGUGUCGAGAUUUUUGCACACGCUACAUUGCCUGCCUGCGUAGUAAGAUGCAGUCGGAGAACUUGCUACGAUCGGACUAUGCUCUCGAGCACAACAACAAUCUGUCCAACUCCAACAGUCCAAUCAACAGUCCGGAACAGGAUCUUUCCGGGAGUGCCCAGGGCUAUUACCAGAACACGGAUUACCUGCAAGGAAGUGACACAAGCGAAUACAGUAACAUGCAAGGAGGUAAGGGAGGCUUACUGAGCUGCAGUAGUCCGUGUGGUCCGGGUAUUCAGACAUCGAAUCCACAACAUUCGCUACCCCAUCCAGCGUUGCAGCAGCAGCAGCAAGAUCAGCACUCACUUCAUCAUCACCAGCAAGUGCAGACAUCGUCAGCAAUACAGUCACCAAACAGUGCCAUCAUACUGGAGAAUUCGACGCUUGAAGACUUGUCACACACGGGAAACUCGCUCCCACUAGGAGGAGGUGCUGGAAUGCCCGGACUUGCCGGAUUGUCUUCAUUGCAUGACGGUACCACUGGAACUCUGCUACCUACUGAUCUGACCGCAGCAGCAACCGCCGCCGCUGUGGCAUUCCAGCAGCAACAGUUCCACUUACCCAUCCAUCCUAACACCGAUACGAUGCCUCUCAGCACGGUCAGAUGUCCACCGGCAAUUGCGCUUACCUCACCGUUAGACAUAUACGCCGGUCAGCUGUCACCGUGUGGGAGCUCCGAUGAGCUAGAUUCCGAGCUUGACUCACUCGGGGACGGUGAUUCGAGUUCGAGCAAACGGCAGAAGCGUGGCAUCUUGCCGAAGCAUGCUACCAGCGUAAUGCGCGCUUGGUUAUUUCAGCAUCUAGUCCAUCCCUAUCCUACUGAGGACGAAAAGCGUGCGAUAGCAGCCCAAACCAAUCUCACCUUGCUGCAGGUAAACAAUUGGUUCAUUAAUGCCCGUCGACGUAUCUUGCUACCAAUGCUGGAGAAUGCCUCCGACAACUCUGGGGAGUAAGAUUGUGUAACUCCAAAUCUUGCUGAAUGCCAACCCUAGUCCACCAAAGACCCACUACAGAAUGGAGUGUCAACCUCAGGUUUAAACGGCGAACUACAAAAAAAAAUCUUCAACAUGGAAAACUGGAAGGAAAUAUGUACCCAAUCCGCAAUACUGUUUGCAACAUGCCAUCAUCUGUUAAAAAUAGCCUAACAAUCAAGUCCUAAGCUCUACGUUACCGAUCGACACGGAUGGUCUAUUAAGGCGCACCGAAGUAUGUGUUUUAGAAAACAAUCCUUCUCCUUUGUUCGUCAUCAAGUCACCAAGGGGCGCCUAAUCAUUGUUUACUAGAUUUAUACUGAAGCAUCGUAUUGUACGCGAGAUUAUGUUUCACAAACAAGUGUCACCGUAAUCGAUGUUUUACGAUUAAUUGAGGGGCGUUAGGAAUGCGCAACAACAACAACCACUCGCGUAAUUACUCGACCGUGUUGAACUGUUUCAAUUUGAUUUCUAUUUUUAGAUGAAGUAUUAAUAGGGGGAAAAAUUGGCGUGAUUUUAUCCCAUUUCCUUGAGGGAUUUUUUCACAUCCCUUCGUGGUAGGAGUGUUCUAAUCAACUUGUCAGCUUGACUGUCGAGCAAACAAAAAAUCCUUCCUUCGUUCACUGUUUAAAAAAAACAACAUGGAAUUCAAGCAGUAGAAAGCGAGCCAGUGGUCGAGUAAUUGCUCCAAUCAAUGUGGGUAAACAGUGCCAUGCCAGCUGGUGUUGGGCCGUUUGUACCAGUGGUACCGUGCCAUCCGAUUUGAAUAGAAAUGCAAUUUACAAACAAAUUCAUCCCAAUCAGAAUUACCCCGCACAAGCGCACGGGAAGCGACAAUCGUUACCCACGGUCGAAUUUCGGUCACAGCACAGAUUCCAGAGAAAAGGCCCGCCCAGUUCCUUCCGUAACCGGGUGAAGUGGGUUAUUAAUUAACCCGACUGCAAGCUGCUUCGCUAUCCUUUCAUCGGUUAAUGCUAUUAAUGGUGAAGGUGAAUGUGUGAGCGAGCGAAAAAAAAGUCACGACAGUGUGCCCAGCGAGGAUACUAUUCGUGCGUGCCGGUGCGCUAUGAUGAGGUCUGAAUUGAUUAAUAUUUAUUACCUUCGUAAUGAGCCUCCACCCCCGUUCGUGGUGCAAAGGACGACGGAACAGGAGACCUGUGGGUUUUAUUUUUCGGGUUUCUCCCCUCCCUGGCACUGGGGUGUUGAGAAGUCUUCAAACACCCGGCAUAAGGGUAACUCAAUUAUCGAGGAUGGAGGAAAUGGUACCGGGUAUUCCGAAAUCUGGAACCGGCAAUGCGUGAACGGAAGGUGGUUUCGUGUAAUGUUCGAACGCCGUUGGGAAGAAGCCGGAAUUGAAAUGGAUUUGUGCGUUUCGGGGUUGGUUGAAUGCUUCGAUUAUACCUUACCGGUAGCAGCAUCGCGACCAGCGGACGAUGUAAUCGGAUGACGAUUACAUAAAUAAAUAUCAUUUGCAUACAUUUUGAGGCACGCUUGUAAGCUCCCAAACUCGACAACCUGCACAGAGUGGACUGUUAGAUUAAAAUCCCUCAACGAUGAUAACCGCAUGAUUACGAAUGAUGCACUUAAAAAAGGUAGCCCGAUAAAGAUUUCAAACUGUUUCCUUUAAGGCGGUGCAUAAUUGAAAGAAAAAAGAGCACUUAAAUUGCUUCCUACGAAGUUUUUCAUCCCAAAUGUGGAAAAUAGUACUUCCAAACGAGCACGUGGAGAUACUCAGCAGGGCAAGGACGAAGAUAACUCAUACAAAACAAACAAGCCAAGUAUACGUAAAUGAAACAAACACUCAAUCCUGCUAGAAGAAAAUGGAAAUCGAAAUGGAAAGAUAUUCUAUUUAAUAUAUAUCGAUGCAAACGAUCGUUUGCAUACACUACGAGAUAAGCAAAAGAAAGUUACUUUUAAGUGUCAUAUUAGGUUCCGUUUUCUAAGUUUAAAUUGGUGACAUGAAACUACUGUGAAAGAAUGAAACAAAGCAACAGAUAUACGUACACUAGUAUACUAAGAGCAGGAAAGGAAAAAUGAAACAAAACAACAAAAACUAAGCAAGUUAAACUAUGUAGUAAGUAUGAAUCUAUCGGAAUCGGCGUUUCAGUAGCGGUGAAUAAGGACAAUUAGAAAAUGCACAAGGAGAAAUAUACUCUGGCCGGUUCUUUCACAAUCGAAUUGGCGAUCCAUAGCGAAUGGGUGUGAAUGAAAAACAGCGAUUCGGAAAUUAACAACACGCUGAUACCACGAGCAAGGAAGGACGAGUGAAGUCUGUGAUAAUAGAUUUAUUUGAUUUCCAUAUCGCCAUGAAAAGAAACGAAAGCGAGAAAAGGAAUGUUGAAACAGAAAGCGGUCCCGUCAGCAAUCAGCAUCAGAAACCAGUACCAAUACGCUCCAAUCGAAGGGUGCAAUGGCGUAAGAAGAGAAAGCACCCCAUACAGUUGGAAUAGUAGUGUUCUUGAGUUUGAAACAAAAAAUCACCAUUUUGUUUGAUGCACUGCAUUAUUGGAUUAUCAAUUUUCCCAUCUCCACACAAACCUGCUGCCGUUACCGAUUUGGGACAGUCCAAAUGAAGUGUCCGUUGUAAAAAGAAGUGAAAAUGCCAGUACUAGUACACACACUCUUAAACGAUAGAAUGUUCCGAAAGGAAUCUUUAAGCUUAAAACAAAGAGAAGACAAGCUCGAGGUGUGAAGAAUGGAACGAAAACAAAAACCAACCAGUCAUCGAAGUAACUGAAGUAUACCAUAUUUGAAAUAAGCAGAAACGCAACGGCCAGUGACCCAGUAUACCGAAGAAGGAAGAAAGAGCAAGAGCAAAAGUAAUACAAAACAGUGAACUACAAAAGACGUAACACAAAAGAAGAAAGUAAACCAAGAAUGCCAAGUGUGUAAAGCUUUUGUGUUGGAAAAUUAGCGAAACAAAACUUUCGUUGUUUAGUGUAUCUAGUGCAAACAACAAAACUCAACAAACGGCGAGGAAACGAUGCAAUUUGCUGAAGAAGGAAGAAUGUGAAACUACAAAAUACCAUCGUCUCUGCUGCGAACCUUGUAUACGUAAUAGGAAACAAAAGAACAAAGAAUUCAUAUUGUGAGUGAGGCAAACGAAAUAAUAGAAGAUAACAAAUUUACGUUAUUAUUUUCUAACAUUAACAUAUAUCUAUAUAUAUAUAUAUAUAUAUAUAUACAUACAUGAAUAUAUUCCUAGUAGUGUAAGGUUUUUAUUAACAUUUCCUAAUACAGUUAAGAGAAUGGAAGAGAAAGCGACAAACUGUGCGCGGAAAGCAAUGGAAAAGAAGGAAAACGAAAGGUACACUAAUUUCCCUGUCUCGAAUCGAACCGUCAACUUAUUUUAACGUUUCUUUUCUCGAGCUAACAAUUUACUAUUUUCUUUUUCCAAUGGCCACACUCAGAACACUAACUAACGUAUACUAAAAAAAAACAAACAAACAAAAAUGCAACCAUUGUUAGCUAAAUAGUAAAUGGUGAAACUCAUUAAACAGGCACCGUCCAAAAAAAUAAGCUAAACGGUGUAAAGUUGUGGAAGAAACCCGUCACACCGAAGCAUUCUUCCAAACAAACUUUUUUUCCACAACACAACUCCCAUUCAACACCCGUGGUCAUUCUUCCAGAAUCGAGAAACAAAGAUGUUACCAUGUUACGUUAGCCUGUAGGUCCCACGAACCACGUGUGUAGAAAGCUUGUUGUGUUUGUCGGUGGUGUGCGUUUGGGGAUGAAGGAUAAUCAUUUGCACGUUCCUUCCCUGUUCAAAGUACCACUUUUAAUUUAAAUGUACCAUAGUCUCAUCGAAGAGAGGAAGGUGAACGGAUGGACGAUGAGUCCUUUUAAAUCUUAUUUCCAUAAAGGCCAUAGAAGUGAAGAGCGAAACUGACUGUUUGGUAGAACGGUUUCCUUCUCAUAAGAUUUCUUUUCGAAAGAUCCAUACAUAAAUCCAAAGAAUAAUUCACAUCAGGAAGGAAUUGUUUAUUUGUUGAUUUCAAAUAUCACAGCCAACACACUGAUCCAGAUGUUGUUUUUUGUAGAAGGAUGAAUGCAUUUUGAAGGCCAUGCAAACGCAAACACAUAACUUAACGUCCGUGCCAUUAAGAGAGAAGUAAAAGGGGAUAUGAUAAUUAAGAGAUGAAAAAACUAGUGUAGAAUAGCGAUGAGAGGCAAGAUUGCUGCUUGACGGUGACAACACAGAACUACCUUCAGUUAAAAAGUACGUAAAACAUAACUUUAGAUCUAGAGACAACAAAAUGUAUACCGCAUAACAAAAUACCUACCAUGGGAACGAACCUAGAGCAACGCGCACUUUCUUCCGCUUUGGGGGAGCGUUUAUGCUUGUUUUUUGCUAUUUGUUUGCGCUUUAUGAAAAUGUACAUGUAAAGGGAAACCCAAUACCAACACACUACACGAUUACUUUGUUUGCAAAAAAGAAAGAAAAAUUUAAACGUAAAAUUUAGAAAAUCGGUACACAACACCCUGUUUAGCUUACACUAUUUCGACAAAAUAAACUAAAGCAAAGAGAGAGUAACAAACACGAAAAAGAAAGACGAAACUCAAAAGAAAAAUAAUAGUAACUGGGCGGGUGAAGGAAAGAAGAAAACAUCGGUGUAAAAAGAAAAAAAUUACAAAGAAAGAUGGCAUCGGCAAUGCUGACUAAUGCCGGAAGGAAAUGGUUACCCCACAAAAACAAACAAACGAAAAGAAAAUGUAUACUAUUAUAUUAUUAAUUGAUCAUUACAAAACUCAAGUGAAUGCGCGAAGAAGAAAAUCCCCUUCGUGUGCGCAAACGCAAGCAAACCUAGCGCAAGAAAAGCGGAACCGAACAGAAGUUGCCUCAUUUAAACCCAGAAAUGACAGCUGAGAAUAAAACUAUUUGAAAUCUAAGCGGAAAGAAACCACAACGAACCGACGACGGAAAUGAAAGAAAUUGGUUAUUGUUUGUUGGUAGAAAAUAACUUAUCUAUUUCUUUUGCAGUCGUGCGUAUUUUGACAAAACCUUAGUUGCUUUUUAUGCCAGCUGAUUGUAUUGUGUUGGGAGUGCGUGGAUAACGGACUUCAGAUCGCGAUUGUUCGUUUUGCGAAGUUCAAUGGCGGCAUGCGUGAGCUGCAUUGAACAGUCGGGUGAAGCGUUUAGCGGAAGGGUGCUGAUUUCACGCUCAAAAAUGUGUGCCAGCCCUUCGAGCAA